GAAUUCCAUCAAUGUGACAUCAGAUCGGAAGCGCUGGUUUUAGGUGUUGGGCUUGGCUCGACGUGCUGGGGUGCGAGGGCCCUCAUAUCGCUGCUUGCAGCUUUAAUUUUAUUUGCAUUUGCACUUUGCUGCAUUAAUAUGUCCUGAGAAGAAAGAAGCAUUUGGGUCAUUCCAUGGAAACUGACUAAAUUUAAGACCGUUACUGAGUUCCCAGUGGUGAUGAGCCAGCAAUUCCACUGAUGACACAUUUAUUAAUAGGUAAUCCACAUAGUAAUUUUAAGUUUUUUAGCUUUAUACUGUUAUUAGUUUGCUCAUACAAAAAUAUUUUUGUGAAGAAGUCAGGGGCUUGAUCAAUAUUUUCUGAACACUGUGUUCUGUGGAGCCAUUUUCAAAGAGACACAUUCAGAAAAGAAUUUAAGCUGUCUCUCAGUUUUUCACUCCAAAUAUCUGCUACAGCACUGCUGCGAUAAAAUCUCGUACUCUUCUUAUUUUAUUUGCAUAUUUGCUAGAUUUACAUGUAUCUUUAUAUCAAUUUCACGUUAGCUAAAGAGUAAAUACAAAAUGCAGUUCUUAAAUGAUGUUUUUAUUUAUUAAUGAAAAAAAGCCACUCCUACCUAUGUGAAAACGUUUUUUCACAAACAAGAUGGUUUUAAACAUUAAAUCUCUGUGUUAUAACUGAUUUAGUGUCCAUGUGUUAAUAAAGUUAUUGUGCUACAUGUAUGGCAUUGCUGUAUUUUGUGUUGUUGUUUCUUUGCGAGGUUCAGGUCUGUUAUAGUGAGUAUAGUGUGGGUGUAUGUGUCUCUAAAAAAAGAUGUAAAGGCUUUUGUGCUUUUUCCACAUGCUGUGUGGACUGAUCUCUGUGUUGUGUAUUGCAAUUUUCUGCUCUUUUUUUUAAUGCUCGAACAAGUUUCACUUCUGCUGUUAACACCUUUAUGGUUACUGAGGGCUAGAAAUGUGUGGGGCUGAACUGUAAACAUUAAUAAUGAAGACUGAAAUUUACACCAUUGUUAUGUAACACAUAAAAGAUCUGAUUUGACAGUUUUAACACGGUGAUGAUUGAAUUGUGCCUGAUUAAUACUGUAACACUGUAUAAGGCAGAUGAAAACAGGUAGUCAGCAAUAAUGUCACCGAAAAAUAAGCCCAACUUAAGCCAUUCCCAGGUAUCUGAGAUUGUGAAGAGGCUCUACCGGCUGACUGCAUCAGUGAUUCAGUCUCUGCCCAGUUAUGAUGACCAGAACUUCUAUGUGGCGCCCAGUGAGGGUGGCGAGUAUAUCCUAAAGAUAAUGAACUCAGAGGACAGCAAGAAUACCUUACUCAUUGAGGUGCAGACAUAUGCCAUGUCUGUCCUACAACAGAAUGGAAUUCCUGCUCAAACAGCGCUGCCCAACACCUCAGGAGAGAUAAUGAGUCUGGAGGAAAUAGAUUGCGGUUAUGGCAGUCAGAAGUACCUGGUGAGACUGUUGACCUAUUUACCUGGGACAACCAUCUCCAAAGUUCCUUUAACUCCACAGCUGCUGUAUGAAACAGGGAAAACAGCAGCUAAAAUGGACACAGUCCUUAAAAAGAUGAAACACCCCCAUCUUCACGUUCUGGAGAGAGAGGGCUUCAAAUGGAGUCUGUCAAAUGUUUCUCUCCUGGAAGAUUACCUCUACGUGUUAGACGGAGAGCCUCUGCUGGAGGUUGUGAAGUCUGUAAUCGAGGCGUACAAGAGCUCUGUGGAUCCCAAACGCUCUAGUUUUCGCAAAUGCAUUAACCACGGUGACUUCAAUGACCUCAAUGUCCUGGUACAGCCUAAUGACAAAGAAGGCUAUAGGAUCACUGGAAUUCUGGACUUUGGUGACAUGAAUAGUGGCUACUACAUCCAUGAGCUUGCAAUCACCGUCAUGUACAUGAUGACUGAGCACCCUAAACCCAUCGAGGUGGGUGGACCCGUCCUUGCUGGCUGGGAAAGCGUCCUUCCUCUCAAUGAGGCGGAGAAAGAUUGUCUAUAUGUGCUGGUGCUGUCCCGCUUUUGCCAGUCCUUAGUUUUAGCUCGUUACUCUGUGACCUUGCAGCCAGAAAAUGAAGAGUAUCUGAUGAUUUCAUCCAGGAAGGGUGUUAACAUUCUGCAGCAGCUCUGGGAGUUAGGAAAGGAGCAGGUGGAGAAGCUGUGGUUUGAGACUGCCACUCAGCUCAGUGACAAAAGUGAAAGACAGGAACAAACAAAAUAGUAAUGGAAAAACUAAGUACACUCUUAUUGCUUCCGUAGGAAUUAAGAUGGUAAGAGGUAACCAGAUGCUGCUAAUCAAAUUAAGAAGUUGUAGCAGUUUGCUUGUUUGGAGCGUUCAGUUGUGUGUGUUAGUACACUGCUACGAUCUUCCCAGCAAAUUUCCCUCCAAGUUCAGACUGUGCAGUACUCAAUUAGGAAAAAGGUGAACAAAUAUGUUUUGUUUAGAAGGAAAGCCUCUUAUCACUAACAAAGCACAUGGCAGCACACCUUAGGUUUGCAAGGUUACAUCUGAACAAAUUACAACAUUUCUGCAACAAUGUCCUGUAGUCAGACGAAACUAAAGUGGAGAUGUUUGAACGUAAGGCACAGCACCAUGUUUGUGGCAGAAACUAGCAUAUCAGCACAAACACCUCAAACCAACUGUAAGGCACGAUGGUGGAGGGGAGAUUAGUUGGGCUUGUUUUACAGUCAAGGGAAUGGACACCUUCCAGUCACUGAGUUGACCACAAAGUCCUCUGUAUACCAAAGUAUUCUACAGUGAAAUGUGAGACUUUGUCAAACAGCUAAAGUUUGGCUUAAACUGGGCCAUGCAACAGGACAGUGAUCCCAAGAUCCUAGAA